AUGUCAUAUCGAAAUGAAAUGUCUCGUGAAGGUGGGAGACAUCAUACUGAUCCCACAUCAUCUCGAUUUAAUGUUAGAUCAAGAUAUCAUCAACGUGGUCGAUUAAAUAAUCGUCCAGUACCAAAUCGUCGUCCAACUGCUGGUGAUGAUCUUGAAACAAUCACUGUAUCAAUUGGUCGUGAUUUAACAACUGAUAGAACUUAUUCUCAUAAUCCAUCAACACGUGGCGGACGUGUUGUUCGUCCAGGUGUUCGUCCUCGUGAAAUUCAUCCAUCCGGUGGUAGUGGUCGAUCGAUGGAUCGUGAUAAUAAUCAAGUUAAAUGGUGGAGAGUAUCAAUUCCACAAGCUGGUGCUAUUGGAAAAGAUCUUGUUAUGUCAACACUUAAAGCACAUUUUACUCGACAAUUACUACCUUAUCAUUAUUUUAUUGAUCGUGAGACUAAUAUGGGAGUUUUCUUUGUCAAUAGUCAACAAGAUGCUGACAUGUUAAAACGAGCUAAUAGAAAAAUUGAUAUACAAAAUUCAGGCACACUUAGCAUUAUGGUUAGUCAAGCGUCCUGUCCAGCACCAUUAUUAGAUGCAGAUUUACGGCGACAUUUCAAAGAUUAUAUAGUUAAUCGUCGUUUUGAUCCACAAACAUUUCAAUUACAAUUAUCGAAUCUAUCAGAUGAUGAAGAACUUAGUGCUCUUGGUAUAUAUCCUCAACUUAAUAAACAAGCAUUUGUACGUGAUAUUAUCGACAUAAUCAAUCAAAAUCUUCACAUGACUCGUCAGCUGGAUUUAGGCUCGAAUAAUAUUUCAAAUUUAUAUGAAUUUCGUAAUUUAAAUUUAAAUAAUCUUGAACAACUUAGUCUUGCUUCAAAUCAAUUAAAAAGUGUUGAAGAACUUGCUCAUCUGAAACAAUUAAAUCAUCUUAGUCAUUUAUUUCUUAAAGAUAAUCCAAUAAUAUCAUUAAACAAUAGACGAAAUGGCUCUCAAAAUGAUCUCAUCAGUGCUAUACGACUAAAACUACCACAACUCAAACGAAUCGAUGAUGCCGAACUUCCAGCUCAAAUUGGUUUUGCAAUUGAUAUUGAAUCAGUAAAUUUACCAAAAUCAGUUGCACAUUGUGUUCCACAAGAUAUGCAAUCAUUUCUUGCGAAAUUUAUUGAUGAAUAUUAUCGUUUAUUUGAUACACGUGGUCGAGGAGAAUUAUAUGCGUGUUAUCAUGAAUCAUGUAUGUUUUCAUUAUGUAUUGCACCAACAGAAGGUUCAAUUGUUCCAACCAAAUCAUAUCGAUAUGGUCCAUUAAUAUAUUAUUCAAGAAAUUUAAAGAAAAUUUUUGAUGAUAAUAAACGUGUAACUUUAUUACGACAUGGUAAAACAAAUGUAUUAGAUUUUCUAAGAAUUAAUUUUCCAUUAACAAAACACGAUGGAAAAUCAUUUCAUGUUGAUGUUUUAUCAACAGCUAAUAAUCGUGCUAUUUUUACUGUUAAUGGUCUUUAUCGAGAACUUGAUCAAGGACCUAGUGAACCAAUACGUAGUUUUCAACGUACAUUUACUUGUUUACAAACUCCUUCUGGUGUGUUAAUUAUUGCUGAUCAUAUCAUGAUUAUAAAUGCAACUGAUGCACAAGUUUCGAACAUGGCACGUGCUCCACCACCACCGUCAAUUUCAACAACACAAACUAUGGAAAGUCAAAGUAAUUCAAUACCAAGCGUUGUUGAUCCACAAAUUCAAUUGGUACAAAAAUUUUCUCAACAAUCUGGGAUGAAUAUUGAAUUUUCUAAAAUUUGCUUAGCUGAAAAUGAAUGGAAUUAUGAUAAAGCUGCACAAAAAUUCCAAGAAUGCCAAAGAAUGAAUUUAAUUCCACCUGAUGCUUUCAAAAAACCAUAA